GUCAUUGACCCCUGCUCGGGUUGGGUUAGAUAUCACACGUCAGUCGAAAGCGCUAUAUGUUUCAAGCAAUAUUUUUCUCCCUAGAAAACGAAUGAACGAAUCCUCCAUUACGUGUGGAUUUUGCCGCGUAAACGUACGCGAUCGUGAACAAUUGUGAAUUGUGACGAUUAUCUACGUAAAUUUUGUGAUAAAGUUGCAUUAUUUAUAAUUAAAAAUUAUUGAUAAUUUUUUGCAACAACAGACGCGUCAUGCGUUAUUUGUACGAAAUAUCAAUGAUUUGAUCAUCUAUCCGUGAUAAAUCCUUUUAGCAAAACCGUUUGUUUUCGAUAAGUGACAAGAAAUAAUUUUCCCCUUAACUCGCUUACGUACGUUUAAGAAAAGUUAUUGCGUCGUAAUUUGUUGAAAUAACAUCUCUUCGAUAUAAUUGUCGGCGUUGAACAAUUCAACGUUUCUUCUUAUCAAAGUAAAAUAUCAUUGUUAUAAAAUGGUAGAAUCUGAUUGCAGUGAAACUGAGGAAGGAGAUAUGGACAGACUACAAUUAUCAUCUGAUUCUGUAGAUACCGUAUUACCAAAGAAGAGACUACGAGUAGAAGAUUCUGAAGAUGAUACAGAUUUACCUGCUAAGAAACGCCAAAGUCUUUUCAAUGAACAAUUGAAAAUAUUGCAAAAUGAUGAUUCUGAAACUUUAGACAAAAAUGAUACAAAUGCAUGUAAUGUUAAGGAGGAAAAAACAAUAUUGUAUCCAGAGAAGGAGCAAAAUGUACAAGAGAUAUUCCUAUCCGAUUCAAAUAUGGGCAAGAAGAAUAAGGACAAACAGGAUGCCAAGCAAGAAAAUGGGAAUGAGAUCCUUUUAAAUGAGAAUAAUAUUGUUCUGAAUAAAAACCCUGGAGAAAUUAAUAUUAAGAAAGAAAUUGUUGAAAAGAAGGAUAAUCCAUGUGAAAAGUCUGCUACAAGUACAAGUGUAGUGUCUACUUCUGAAAAUAAUCAAGUUGGAACAGAGGACAAUGAGGUAUUUAAAAAAGAAAUUGAUGAGAAAUUAAUAGCUAAAAAGGAAGCUGGAAUGAAGAAACAAGCACGUAACAACCAAGAGACAAAGAAAUGUACUGUGGACACAGAAGUGGUAGAUGGACUGGAACUUUAUGUAGAAUGUGCGAGUGAUAAAGAAGAAUCGAGUUCUGAUAGUGAGAAGGAAAAAGAUGCAAAACCACGGCCGAAAACGGUGAUCGUCAAAGCUGAACCAAAUGAGUCGGAAUUGGACUGUUCGUCGGAAGGAGUAAAGUCUGAUUCGCAACGAGCCACCGACACGCUGGAAAUUAAAUUGGAAAAGAGCAGGGUGAAGAGGAGAAGCUCGCGGACAAGUUUCAGUAAAUUGAAAGCUUCCGAUUCAGAGGACAGCCAGAAUAGUAAUUCAGAUGAGGAUUAUAGUCCACGGACAAAAAAGAAGAUGAAAAAAUCUCUAACAACAAAGAGAUUGACAAAUGAACAUCGCUUGGUCGAAUCGAAAAGAGGACGAGGUAAAAGUACAAGAUAUUCUCCCAAAAAAAAUGCUGAUCACAAUAAUGAUCAUAUAUCCGACGAAGAUACGCACGCAACUGUAACAGAGAAAGCUAACGAAACAACGAAAAUUAAAAAUGAAAUGGAGGAAGAAUUGUCAGAGAGAGAAUCUUUAAGUAAAAGUUCAAGUGAUAAUGAUUCUGAAAAGGAAGAGAGAUCUAGGAAGGGUAGAAAGAGAAGACGAAGCAACGUUAAACCACAAGAUAAACACAUACAGAAGCUGAAGAAAUAUUUAAGCGUCGCUGGUGUGAAAAUAAAAUCUUACGAUGACUUUUGGGCCGAUUGUAAGAGUAAUGCUGCAAAAAUCAAGCGCCUAAAGCAAUUGUUAGAGGAGAAUGGCAUUACUGGCAGACCAACGUUGGAAAAAUGUAAACGAGUGAAAAAAAAGAACGAAAAGAUGAAAGAGGUAUCUGAACUGGACACAUCCAACAUAAUAUCUGAAGGCCGAAUUACUCGCGCACGAAGAAACAUGGAAAACGUUAAAAAGACACCUCCGGAUACUCCGCCACGACAUCGAGAGGCUCGUAAUACAUUUAAACGUAUUCAAACUGUUGUUGACAUUGAUAGCGAUUCGGAAUAAAGAAUGUUCGGAUAUUCACGAA